AUGUUGACUGAUGAAUACACCAGACCUCGGGAUCUCCAUGCUUUUGAGAUUGCAAUUUUUUGCGCUCUGCGCCUCGAGGCUGAUGCGAUGAUCGCGAUGUUCGAUGAUAUUUGGGAACAGGAAGAACAGUAUAAGAAGGGCCCCGGUGACACUAAUAGUUAUACUUUUGGUCGAAUCCAUCAACACCCUGUGGUGCUAGUCCACAUGCCUCGUAUGGGCAAGGCAUCAGCGUCCAGCGUGGCGGCCAGUCUGCGGUCUAGUUUUCCAUACAUCCGAGUGGGAUUCCUGGUUGGAAUAUGCGGUGGUGUGCCUUUCUCCGGGUGUGGCAAACAAGAGAUCAUCCUAGGAGAUGUUAUUAUAAGCACACAUAUUGUCCCAUAUGAUUUUGGCAGGCUAUACCCGCACACCUAUAUUCGCAAGAACUUGCUGCUGGACAAUCUCGGCAGACCAAGCCCGGAGAUUAGUGGGUUCUUAUCGAAACUCCAAGGGCAAGCUGCUCAGACCGGUGUCAAGAAUUGUAUGCGAGCGGACCUUACACUUUUAGAAUAUCCCGGUACUAGCAAAGACAAACUCUUUGAAGCGGGCUACAGCCAUAAACAUGCAGUCUCAACGACGUGUACAGUUUGUGCCCAAUGCACACACCCCCAAGAUGAUGUCUGUGCUGAAGCCUUAAACUCAUCCUGUGCCGACCUUGGGUGCGAUUCAAGCAGAGUGGUACCUCGAGCUCGAAUACAGACGAUGAAUAUAAAAGGUUACAGCGCAUCAUCUUACUGUCCCGCAAUACAUUUUGGAGGACUAGCUUCAGGCGAUCAGGUCAUCAAAUCUGCGUUCCACCGCGACCUUAUUGCCAAACAGGAAGGUGUGAUCGGCUUCGAAAUGGAAGGGGCUGGACUAUGGGACACGAUACCGACUAUUGUGGUUAAAGGGGUGUGCGACUAUGCCGAUAGCCAUAAGGGCAAAGAUUGGCAGAUCUAUGCUGCAGCUACAGCAGCAGCCUGUGCAAAGGGUAUCCUAAAGAUAUGGAGGGGGUCACUAAGACGGACGGAGGAUAGAUCCGGCGAAGAACAAUCUGGCCCGUCACCAACGCAUCAAACUUUCAGUGGCACUUUCACAGCUGGGAAGAACAUCUAUAACGGUAGCACUUUCACUGCCGAAUCGAUUAACUUUUGA